AUGAUUCUCGCCUUUGUGAUUGGUCAUCUUCAACCGCUGAUUUCAAUUACAACUAUUGCCGCUAACUCUUCUGCACUGCUAACAGCAUAUUAUGUGAUUGUCAAGGACGAUGAUGAAGACGUUGGCGAUUCGCAUAACUCUUUAUCGGAAACAGAAGCACCACACGAAAUGCUACUACGACAGGAACGAGAACGUCGUAAAUCAAGGCAAGUGUUGACGAACACCCGAAGAUAA